UCGCAGUACAUAAGCAAACAACUCAACUGAUACAAAUAACUUAGAAAGAUGGGUCGCCAUCAGGUGAGAAGAAAGUCGCGUACCGCUGUUAAUCAAGCAAACGUGAACGAUUACUGUUUGACGCUUGAAGAAGUUCGAAGAUCGGCUCGGCGAUGGUCUUACAUUUGGCAAAUGAAUCCGGAUUCCGAUUCCGAAGCGGAGAGCAGUUCUGCAGCGGCACCACUUACUUUGAAAGAUCCCAGUGCAUAUGGAGACUGGCAUUUGAUGAAUGUAAAGUUCGAUUUUGAAAAGAGUGUCAGGGAAAUGGUGUUGCAUCUUAACAAGUUCCCCUACCCACAACUGUUCCAUUCACCUCUCCCUUUGGGCGCCAAGUUGCACAAGACCGUGCGCUUAAGUUGCAGGCCCAACGUCACUAAUAUCUUCGAGGACGCCAUGCCGGAGAUUCGUGCCCGGGCCAGGAAGUAUAUGGAUCCGCCACCCGAAUGCGAGGGAGCCGUCGGCUACGAUUCGCGCUUCUUUCAGACCUCCAUGCUGAUCAAAUUCCCGUGCCGGCGUCCCUACUCCCCGCCCAUUCGAAGGAGCUGGGGCGGCGAGUCCUGGAUGGAUGGCCUCUGUUGUGCCAAGUUGAGUGCGGAUUUCACCUCGGAACCUCGACACAGGAAACCCCCAUCGAGACCCAAUAAACUGUUGAAGGGAUUGCAAAGGAAAUCAGUUCUUCAGGGAAGCACAAGAUGGUUCCGUCCUCGAACCGGAAUCCCAUUGAAUUCAAAAUCGGAGGAGUUCUACCAACCAUCGGUGGAACUUGACGAGGAGGAGCAGCAGAUUUCGGGGGACUACUUGGUGGAGUUGGCGAACGACGAGACGGAAAUCCCCUGCCACUCCCCUCCGACCGAGGAUUCCGAACCAAAGAUAAGCCGAACCCAGUCGGAUAUAACACUGGAUUAUUUGAGGACCCGUACCAUAUUCAGGCGUUGCCACAGCUUGGACAGUAUUGAUUUUAUUGCCAAGAGUUAAUUAUUUCAUAAUUCAUCAAUUUCGGCAGCUAUUAAAUUUUAAU